CAGUCGUAGUCGGAGAGUGUAAAGCAAAAGUUGUGUUUUUUUUUGUCCGAAAGCAGCCACCAAACGCGAUUACCCCCGGCGGCCUACUACUGGUGUGUCCUGUGUUGACGAUCGUGUGACGAAACAGUGUCUCACGGCCGACCUGCUCGUUAGGGCCGUGUCCGGCCAACUCUAGAAAUUGUGUUUGUUGAUUAGUUUAUUAUCAGUGGAAGAUGUGAACAACUGAGACUCGAUCGAGAGAGAGAGUGUAUCAACGAAAAGUGGUGCCUAUCAACGUGACCGUAAUUUUCCGUAAUGUUGUCCUUGCUGGUUCGUUGGCCGACCCGUCGACGAGGCCGGUCAUGGAGUCACGAUGUCCUAUUUCCUGCCAGUUUAGUGCUAAUGGUGUUGGUUGUGAAAAUCGGUGUGAUUCAUGGCCGCACGAAACGAGAGUACUCAGUGGAUGAGUUACUGCACCGUACGUUCCCCGUUGGCAUCUCGGGGGAUAUCGAUAUGGAUCCAUGCAAAUCCAGUAGUUUUAUGGGUGAUAUUGCGAUGCCCAAUACAAACUAUGAAAGUGAAUUCCACAAACAAAGACUGAAGGAACAGGCCGUGGAAGCGGAAAAACUUCACAAGCAAAUCAUCUACGAAGGUCUGCAGGUGGAGGAGGAAGGUCUGAUCCGGCCGCCACCUGUUUCAUUCGGAGAUCGUCCGUUGAAACCGAACGGCGCUGACAAAGCAUCGAACGAACGACCGAGCAGGGUCGAUGAUGAAAAUAGCAAAUCCAAGAAAAGACAUCACAAACAUCGACCUCAAAAGCACAAUCCGGACAAAACGAGAAGUGCACAAGUGCAGAAUCCCAGGGUGAAAAGACCUACUUAUAGUAGCAAACAAACAAAUCGUCUGAAAUCGGAGUUAGGCAAACACAGUCUUUCUCACACUGAUAGCAGCCUGAUAAAGCAACGCGAACUGGUGCGGGUUGAAAGUAGAGUACAUCCAACCGGUAAAGUAAACACACCGCGUAAGGUGCGGCGACGGUACGGAGGCAGACGGAAAGAUCGCCCGCAUCAUCGAGCGACGCGGGCGGCCACGGCAAAGAAGGAACGAAUCUGGGACUACGGUGUGAUCCCGUACGAGAUCGACGGUAAUUUCAGUGGCUUGCACAAAGCUUUGUUCAAACAGGCGAUGCGCCAUUGGGAAAACUAUACCUGCAUCAAAUUUGUCGAACGGGACCCGACGGAACACGCAAACUUCAUUGUGUUUACCGAGCGGCCGUGCGGGUGCUGUUCGUUCGUGGGAAAACGUGGCAACGGACCGCAAGCGAUCUCGAUCGGAAAGAACUGCGACAAGUUUGGGAUCGUCGUGCACGAGCUCGGUCACGUGGUAGGCUUUUGGCACGAACACACCCGACCCGAUCGGGAGGAUCACGUGGUGAUCGAGAAGCAAAACAUCAUGAUCGGCCAGGAGUACAACUUCAACAAACUAACCGAGGACGAGGUGAACUCGCUUGGUCAACCGUACGAUUAUUUUUCGAUCAUGCACUACGCGAGGAACACGUUUUCCCGGGGUACCUACCUGGAUACGAUUCUUCCGAUCGAUAUUCCCGGUCAGAAACGUCCGGAAAUCGGUCAACGGUUGCGGCUCAGCGAAGGCGAUAUCACCCAGGCCAAUCUGCUGUACAAAUGUAUGAAGUGUGGCCGCACGUUUCAGGAUCAUUCGGGCGCAUUUACGUCCCCCAGUUACCACUCGAAAACACCACCGAACGAACCGGAACGGUGCGAGUGGCGCAUAACGGCAACCCAUGGGGAGCAAAUCGUACUGAACAUCACGGAUCUCGACAUCCACAAAUCGGAAAAUUGUCGAACGGAUUAUUUGGAAAUACGCGACGGUUACUGGUACAAAUCUCCUCUGCUGGGGCGACUUUGUGGAUCCAAGCGGAACAACAAUCUGGUCAUUUCGAGUGGUAAUCGAAUGAUGUUGACCUACGUGACCAGCUACCGGCAGAUGAGUAUGCGUGGUUUUGCCGCUCAGUACGAAGCCAUCUGCGGCGGUGAUAUCUAUCUGGAACUCGGAGGACGUCUGGAAUCACCCAACUAUCCGGCGGACUAUCUUCCGAACAAGGAAUGCAUUUGGCGGAUUACAGUUCCCAAAGAUUAUCAGGUGGCGCUAAAGUUUCAAUCGUUCGAAGUCGAGAACCACGAUAGCUGUGCGUACGAUUACGUGGAAGUACGCGACGGCCACUCGCCGGAAUCCAGAGAAAUUGGCACCUUCUGUGGGUACAAAAUACCACCCGAUAUGCGAUCUUCGUCCAACAAAAUGUUCGUGAAGUUCGUUUCGGACGGUUCGGUUCAGAAAGCCGGUUUCCUGGCUACGAUCAUGAGGGAGGUCGACGAAUGCGAACGAAAGGAUCACAGCUGUGAGCACGAGUGCAUCAAUACCCUCGGUGGGUACGAGUGCGGCUGUGAAAUCGGCUACGAACUACACAGCGAUCGGAAGUCAUGCGAAAAAGCUUGCGGAGGCGUCCUAACGGCAAAAAGUGGCACCGUCCUUUCGCCAUCCUUCCCGAAGGAAUACCCAGCGAUGAAGGACUGCGUGUGGGAGAUUGUCGCUUCGCCGCAACACAAAAUUACCUUGAACUUCACCCACUUCGAUUUGGAAGGUAACACCUUUUACCAAUCGUCGGAAUGCGACUACGACGCCGUUAGCGUCUAUUCCAAGAUAAACGACGAAGCUAUGAAACGGCACGGAACGUUCUGCGGAUCGAAACUGCCUCCGACCGUUACCUCCGAAAGUAACGUGCUUCGGGUGGAAUUUCGUUCGGAUAAAACCGUUCAGAAGACCGGAUUCGCUGCCGUGUACUUCUCGGACGUGGACGAAUGUGCCGUGAACAAUGGCGGCUGUCAGCAUGAGUGCAAGAACACGGUCGGUUCGUUUGUGUGUCACUGUCGGAACGGUUAUCUACUGCAUGAGAACGGGCACGAUUGCAAGGAAGGUGGAUGCAAGUACGAAAUAACCGUGCCGAGUGGUCAAAUCUAUAGCCCGAACUAUCCGGAUAACUAUCCGUCGAAGAAGGAUUGCAUAUGGCACUUUGCAACGGCUCCGGGUCACCGUAUCAAGCUGAUUUUCAACGUGUUCGAUGUGGAACUGCAUCAGGAGUGCGCGUACGAUCACAUUGUCGUGUACGACGGUGAUUCCCAGGAAAGUCACACGCUGGGACGGUUCUGUGGUGCCAAGACUCCACAUCCGAUCUCGUCGACCUCGAACGAAAUGUACAUGGUGUUCAAGACGGAUUCCAGCGUUCAGCGGAAGGGAUUUCUGGCCACUCACACUACGGCAUGCGGUGGACACUUGCAAGCCACGGCGGACAUCAAUCACAUUUACUCGCAUGUCGGGUACGGUGUCGGAACGUACGACAAUGGAGCCGAUUGCGAGUGGACUAUCGAAGCGGAUUCCGGUCGUAAGGUUCAACUGACUUUCCUAUCGUUCGAUCUGGAAGAGGAAGGACACUGUUCGUACGACUAUGUUGAAAUUGGAAGCGGUUUUGACGACACGAGCGGUCAACUGCACGGUAAGUACUGUGGAAACAGUAUGCCUCCGGAAAUUAUCUCGAUGAGUGAGGUAGUCGUGAUUCGGUUCCGCUCGGACGAUACGGUCGGAUUCAAGGGCUUCUCGGCAUCGUACGUGGCCAUCAGUCCGUUCGACGAUGAACUUUCGACGGACGAGGAAGCCUCGGAGAGUACCGAGUUGGCGGCACCGUUUCCGGGUUCACUGAAGAAUAUGUUCAUCAGCUACAAUGAAGACGAUGACGACGAGGACGACGAUUACGAAGUGUAUCACGGGCGGCGAGUGAACAGCAAGGUGCGGUUAGGGGUUCGCAACGAGAUUAGCUCGGCACAGACUGCCGAUUGAGCGAGUGUGCUGCUGGUCGUCUUUAGUUUCAAUCCGUCAAUUGUGAUUUUAUUUUAGUUUGAUUAAACAUGGAGAGAAAGAAAAAAAAACAAAACUUCAACCGAGUGCCUGUUCAUUUUGCGAAACAUACGAUUGUAGUGCGAAUUGCAAGAAUGAUCUAGUUCCUGGAUUAUUUUAACUGAUAGUUUAGCUAUAAUUUCAUAUUUAAUGACAAUGAUCUGAACAACUAUAGGACAUGCAAUAACAUAGACUGAAAUAGCUGUAAAUAAAAUAGAUGAUUUCAUUCUUCUUGAUGCAUGAACAAUAAGACGAGAAAA